AUGGGGGUCGCGCAGAGGGAACGCGACAACGCGGAGGAGAUUCACUCAUGGCCUAUGAGACAGAGGAUCAUGGAGACUCAGUACUGCUUUCCUGACAUCAACUCAUCAUGUAUCAAGGAAAAACGCUCCAAUCAUGAAUACAAUAUCAUGUAUGUGUUUUUUUCAUUGCUGUCAGCAUGGACUGUGUUUCUGAAUCUGCUGGUGAUCAUCUCCAUCUCUCACUUCAAGAAGCUUCACACUCCGACCAACCUGCUCAUUCUCUCUCUGGCUGUGGCCGACCUGCUUGUUGGACUUAUUGUAAUUCCUGUGGAAGCCAUUAAGUUGAUUGAGACAUGCUGGUACUUUGGAAAUGCUUUCUGUGGCCUGUUUAUCAUUAUCCUUGGCCUGGUUCUCUCAGCAUCGCUCAGUAAUUUAAUUUUCAUUGCUGCUGAUCGGUAUGUGGCUGUGAAUCACCCUCUUAUGUAUCCACAAAAAGUAACAAUGACCAAAAGUUUGGUGAGUAUUUUUCUCAGCUGGUGUUGUUCCUCAUUCUAUAACACUACAAUGGUAAUCAGUAAUGGAUAUUUUGACUCCUCACAGAGAAUAUAUGCGUGUUAUGGAGAGUGCAGCUUCAUGAUAAAUUUUGCCUGGAGAGUCACUGACUUCUUCUUUACUUUUCUGUUUCCUUGUAUCCUGAACUUAACUUUAUAUUUAAGGAUUUUCUGUGUAGCACAACAACAGGUGAAAGUUAUAAACUCUCAGAUGAAGGGUGGAAAGUGUGUUUUGGAUGGUUCAGUGAAGAGGAAAUCAGAGAACAAAGCUGCUGUAACAUUGGGAAUCAUUGUGGUAAUUCAUCUACUCUGCUAUUUACCAAUUUAUAUUUUUUCUCUAACAGGGGAUGCAGUAAUCCCUUCUACCACAGCAAAUUUUCUAACAUGGACAAUGUAUGUUAACUCAGGUCUGAAUCCUGUAAUCUAUGCUUUAUUUUACUCCUGGUUUAGAAAGUCACUUAAACAUAUCCUAUCUCUGAGAAUAUUUCAGGUAGCAUCCUCUCUGGUUGACAUUUUUACAGAUCACCAUUAA